AUGGCCCGUACCAAGCAAUCCGCUCGGAAAUCGACUGGUGGCAAGGCGCCACGCAAACAACUGGCUACUAAGGCCGCUCGCAAGAGCGCACCAGCCACCGGAGGCGUGAAGAAGCCCCAUCGGUAUCGCCCUGGAACUGUUUCCCUGCGUAAGAUCCGUCGAUACCAGAAGAGUACCGAGCUCCUGAUCCUCGAGCUGCCUUUCCAGCGUCUGGUGUGUGAAAUCGCUCAGGACUUCAAGACUGACCUGCGAUUCCAGAGCUCGGCAGUGAUGGCUCUGCAGGAAGCUAGCGAGGCCUAUCUGGUUGGCCUCUUUGAAGAUACCAACUUGUGCGCCAUUCAUGCCAAGCGUGUCACCAUCAUGCCCAAAGACAUCCAGUUGGCCCGUCGCAUUCGCGGCGAGCGUGCUUAA